AUGGGAGGGGUUGACCUGUUUGAUCGCUACUUGAGCGACUACAGGCCUUCAAUACGUGGCAAGAAAUGGUACUUCCCGUUCUUCACCAACGCGCUCAAUGUCUGUGCUACAGCGGCGUGGAGAGUUCACAAGGAGCUGGGCGGCGCUGAAACUCAUUUGGUAUUCCUAAGAUACAUCGUCCGCACCCUUUUGAAGCAGGUAACUACCAAGAGAUGUCUCGGGACACCACGGUCAGUUCUUCCUGACAUACGGUACGACGGAGCACGGCAUAACCAGGACAAAACCAGCAAGGAAAGCCGAUGCAAACUGUGUUGGGAAGAACACAUUCUACAGAUGUGUAAAAUGCAACCAGCGACUACACCAGAAGUGUUUUUUCCCGUAUCACUCCAGAGCGUGAAGGAUGUAGCAGCAAACCGCUGCCACCGAAUUACUCAAAACCAUGUGCAGACUUUAAUUAAUCUAAUUAAAUGA